GUGGCGUCUGUAACUGAAGCGGUGGCGGGAAGGUUGCUGUGUGGAUUGGCUGAUUUUCACGUCAGUGUUUGGAUUCGGCCCAGUGUUUUGAGUUGUGUUUUACUCCACCUCCCGGCCUGGAGCUGCAGCUGCGCCCCCGCGGACCAAAGCAGCCGGGAUGGAGAGCCCAAGCCUUGGGGACAACAAUGUCCCCUCCGUCACUGCUGGAAAGAGCCUAGUUUCAGACCCUCCCUGGGACCGCUGCAAGGAAGACGUUGCUGUCGGACUGGGAGGAGUGGGUGAAGAUGGAAAGGACCUGGUGAUAAGCAGUGAGUGUGGCUCCCUUCUCCAGGAGCCUGCUGCUUCUACUCUGCCUAGUUGUACUACAGUGGCAGAAUGCCACAAGCCUGUCCCCUGUGGAUGGGAAAGAGUUGUGAAGCAAAGGUUAUCUGGGAAAACUGCAGGAAGAGUUGAUGUAUACUUUAUCAGCCCACAAGGAUCAAAGUUCAGAUCAAAACGUUCACUUGCUAAUUAUCUUCUCAAAACUGGAGAGACUUGUCUUAAGCCUGAAGAUUUUGAUUUUACUGUACUGUCUAAAGGGGGCAUCAAUCCAGGUUAUAAACACCAAAGUUUGUCAGCUCCAGCUUCCCAGCAGCCAAAUGAAGCUGACAUUUCAAAGCUAAACCUCAGGACACGAAGCAAGUGGAAAACAGACGUAUUGCCUCUGCCCGGUGGUAAUUCAGAGUCUCCAGAUAGCAACAGCCUGUCCAACUCUAACUCUGCCCGUUUGCUAUUGAAAGAACAUAAGGGCAUUCAGGAUGCUGACUCUGGGAAGAGCAGAAAGCCCAAAAUAAAGGUGACUGUUUUGAAAGGAAUUGCAAGUCAGAGAACCAAACAAAGGUGCAGGAAGAGUCCCUCAGAUUCUACUGGAAGAAACAGAAAAAGACUAUGUACAGUUCAGAAAGCAGAUACUGAUAGCGAGCUAGUUCCACAGGAAAGUCGACUCCACAGAACUGUCUGCCCUGCAGACGCCUGUGCAAGGGCGACUGUCAGCUUGGUUAGGGAAGCAAAGGGCCUGGGAGAAGAAAAAUCACCAAGCUCGGAUCUUCGUUUCACACAAGUAACUUCUAGCAUCACAAACAAAUUAUAUUCAACUGAAGCAGCAGGUGAAGCAACACGUGAAGCAACACGUGAGCAGACCUUUUUAGAAUCAGAGGAAAUCAGAUCGAAGGGAGAAGAGGAGGAGGCACAUUUGCAUAUUGACAUUUUACAGAGUGGCUCUGAAACACCCAGCUGCUCACAAGCCAAGAAACACUUGACUUCUGAGACAUUUCGAGAAGACAGCAUCCCACGAACACAGGUAGAAAAAAGGAAAACAAGCCUGUAUUUUUCCAGCAAGUACAACAAAGAAGCUCUUAGCCCCCCAAGACGCAAAGCCUUCAAGAAAUGGACCCCUCCUCGGUCACCUUUCAAUCUUGUUCAAGAAACACUUUUCCAUGAUCCAUGGAAGCUCCUCAUCUCAACUAUAUUUCUCAAUCGGACCUCAGGCAAGAUGGCCAUCCCCGUGCUGUGGGAGUUUCUAGAGAAGUACCCUUCAGCUGAAGUGGCCCGGACUGCUGACUGGAGGGACGUGUCAGAACUUCUUAAGCCUCUUGGUCUCUAUGAUCUCCGUGCAAAAACCAUCAUCAAGUUCUCAGAUGAAUAUCUGACAAAGCCGUGGAGGUAUCCGAUUGAGCUUCAUGGGAUUGGUAAAUAUGGCAACGACUCCUACCGGAUCUUUUGUGUCAAUGAGUGGAAGCAGGUGCACCCUGAAGACCACAAGUUAAAUAAAUACCAUGACUGGCUUUGGGAAAAUCAUGAGAAACUAAGUCUAUCUUAAAGCCGCCUGUCUGAAGCUUCCUGUGCAUUGCUCUGUGCUUCCACUCCUAAGGGCCCUGUGGUGUACAGGCAUGUAGUUUCUUCAGUUCGUUAGAAGCCAUGCAUGUCUUAAGCCCCUGCCAAAGAUAGAUCUUUGUCACUAAAUGUUGUAGACAAAGAAAUUUGGGAGAAAAAAAUUGUUGAGUAACGGUCCUAAAAGUGUGCUCUGUUGGUUGGGGAUUUAGCUCAGCAGAAGAGCGCUUGCCUAGCGAGCGCAAGGCCCUGGGUUCGGUCCCCAGCUCUGAAAAAAAGAAAAAAAAAAAAAAAAAGUGUGCUCUGUUUAGUUUUUCCAGUGAUGAAAUUCAACAUGCCGAUGCUCAAAGCCAGUUACCAGCACUCCUGCUGAGGAAAAGCUGAACAUCUUUCUGUACAAAGUGAUACUGUCAUGUGUGGAAAGACUGCCAUUCUUAUGGGUAUUGGAGUGUUAUAGUUUAAAUAAUGAGGCAUAUACUCUAAAAAGAGUCACUAAGUAAAAACCAAAUUGACCUACACAUGGUGGCACACACCUGUAAUCCCAGCACUCAAGAGGCUGAGGGAGAAGGGUGGAAAGUUGAGGGCCUACCUAUACUGCACCAGAGAGACUGCCUCAAAAGCAAACAGGGCAGGGCCAGGGAAGUGGCCCAGUAACUGAAGUCACUUGCUGCCAUGCCUGAUGACCUGAACUCCAUCCCUGGAACCCACUCCUGAAGGCUGACUCUUAUCCUCACUGAACUCACAUAUACAUGUUAUAAAACACAUAAAUUUCAGAAAUGAUCUGGAGAGGGAUGGUUCAGUGGUUUAGUAUGUUGUUACUUUUACAGAGGACCUGAAUUUGUUUUUUAGCACCCACAUCAGGCAGAUCAUAAUUGCUUGUAACAACUCCUCCUGGGGAUCUGACACCUUCUUUUGGCUUCAUUGGAUACCCCAGCACAUGUAGCAUAUAUAUAAUUAAGUCCUAAUUACUUAAUUGCAGCUUGAAAAUUAAAUUUCCUCAAGGCAACAUCCACUCAAAAUGCAUAAUAUUCUAUCCCAUUUCCCUUAAUAAAAUAUGUUCUGAUAUAUUCACCCAUGCCAGUCGCGGUGGUACACUACUAUAGUCCUAACACUUGGGAGUCUGGAGAGGAUCAUGAUGAAGGCCAGCAUGGGCUACAUGGUAAGACCCUAUAUCAAAAACAAAACAAAAGGUCCACUGGAGGCACACACAGACAAUGAACAGAUGGGUACUGUAAUGUGUCUGCAUAAUCCCUGCACUUGGGAUGCUGAGGCAAGAGGACCACUGUGAAUUCAAGGCAGCCUGGUUUAUGUGAGUGUGAAGGUAGCUUUGGUUACACAGCAAAACUCUGCACUAAAAAUACAAGCCAAGCUUGUUGGACUAAAUAAGCUAUGUCUGGAGAAGUGUCUGUCCUGUAUAAUGCAAAAAUUCUAAAGAUCCUAAUAUACUGUGAAACCUAUCAUUUUGAAUUAGGUACUAAUAAAAUAUUUUUAUUAAAAAGGAA